AUGAUACGUCUGCAACCCAGCCUUCCUUCCCGCGCCUUGAAUGGGCUGCGAUUGAAUGGUUCCUCAAAUCUCUCGCGACGAAGCAUACGUUGGAAGGCUUCUGCGGCCACAGAAUCCAAUGCGGCAGAUGCAGGUGUUGCCGAGGGUAGUGUUGCACGUGGCAAGUACGUAUGGAAACUGGUGUGGAGUGAGGAAGAGCUGCCUCCGCCGUCACGAGAUGAGUGGUAUGGUCGCAGUGCUGGAUCCAGCCUAGCAACCACCGGCGUUGCUAACUAUGACACUGAGAAAGAACUUAUUAACCUGCCGUACCUACGAGAGCAGAAGGCGAAAGACAUCCAGCAAAUUCCGGAGUUUCAGCAGAGUAAUCUCUUUAAAACUCAUCUGACCAACGGCACGUGUCAACUGCCAUCGGUGGAUAAGGGUCAGACUUUCGAGUCAGUGGGUUUCUACACCAUUGGCCCUGGUGGAGAGGAGUUGAUGAGCGCGGUGGGACAAGUGUUGCGUCCUACCGAUGCGAUGGCGUUGCAUUACCGGCAUCUCGCCGCAUCGGUUGCUAGGCAACGGCAACACCUGGGCAAGUCUCUGGACGACAUAUUAAUAGACCGUGCCAGAGGCCAUGUGGUGUCAUCGAAAGAUCCGGUCUCCCACGGCCGGCACUGCCUUAUUGGGGGUAGUAAACACGACUUCCUAGUCACCUCAACUUUGGCCUCUCAAGCACCCCCGGCCGUCGGUAGGGCUCUAGGCGGAGUAUUCGCGAACCAACUCAAGGCAAGUGCUGUGUGUAGGUAUUCACGUUUUAUGCAUACAAUACUGUGGGGCUUGGUAGAUACUCCUUUCCCGAAAGAUUUUAUCAGUUAUGUGAGCGUCGGCGACGGAUCUGUCAACAACGCACACUUCCUGUCGGCAACAAAUCUGGCCGAAUACACACAACACCGGGGAUACAAAGCUCCGGUCGUCUUUGGCAUUUCGGAUAACGGUGUUUGUAUCUCGCUCAAAGGAUACGAAUGGCUUCAAGAAGAGUUCCAGCACAAGCUGCGCAUGCCCGUGUACGUCGCAGACGGCAACAACAUGCUCGACAUGUGGGAUACUAUGGCGCGAGUGACUGCUUACACUCGCGAGACCAGACGACCCGCAACUGUGAUAUUCUCUGGACUUGUGCGCAGGUUCGGACACGCGGCGACGGAUAGGCAGUCGGCCUAUCUCACACAGGAACACAUCCAGAAGCAGGCAGCGCACAAUGCAUUGGCUGGGUUGUGUGCCCAGGCAGUCGGCAGUGGUGUGACGUCCUAUCCCGAGCUGUUGGACUUGUACGACCACGUGGGUGCGCGUGCACGUGCGGCCUUUGACCAAGUGGUGAAUGAGCCCAAGAUCACCACCAGAGACGAAAUCAGUGAACAGACCAGCGCCCCCAGGAUAGCCGUGCCUGGCGAAGGGGCCACAGCCGUGCAUGUGCAUCUCGGGCCGCAUGAGGGCAAGAAGAAGGGACAGGUCAUGCGCAAACACAUGACCAAGGUCAUCGACGAAACGCUCGAGAAGCACAGGAACUGUGUGUACUUGGGCGAGGAUGUCGCUCACGGCGGGUACUAUCUGGUGACGGAUGGACUGGCCAAGAAGCAUCCGAUGCGGUACUGUGUCUGCCAUCCCUUACCCACCCCCUCUGACGUCUCGUUGUGUGUCUGCCAUCCCUUACCCACCCCCUCUGACAGACGGCAUAUACUUGGGGUAGAUGUCGAUGAGUCCUUCGCUGAGAAGGUGCUUUUCUCUUCGGUCUCUGCGGUGACGGCGGGCCGUGUGGUGAUGAGUGUCGACUCGACCAACCUGCUGAAUACAAGGCACGUGCUGGGCAGAGAUGAUCUGUGGCAAACACCGUACACAGACACGGAGGAGGUGUUGGGGUGGGAUGAGAUCACGUGCUACGGCCAGGGCAAACGCCUGGCUAUAGUCACCUACGGAGGCUGUGUGAGUGCUCGCCCAUGUUAUGCGGUUAUCGAGGACUCGCCCUACUGCACUAUCUCGUUACCUGCUAUACCACGUGGCUUUAACCCGUAG